CUCUCUCAGCCUCCGAUGCAGCGCGUGUAGUGUCUCUCAUAAAGGCGGCGCUGCUCCUCCCGGUAUCUUCUCUCCUGCUCCUCGCGAAUGCGCCGCUGCCUCUCCUGCUCCGCCCGCUGACGCUCGGCAAGGGCUUGUUGCUCACGGUGCAGGUCCACCUGGAGAGAAGCCCUCGUGCCCUCCUUCUGCUGCAUCGCUCGGCACAACUCGCCCUGCUGACGGUCUCUGCCGGCCAUACGCUCCUUGAUGUCGUCCUUUUCCUGACCAGCCGCGACGAUGUGACCACGCUCAUGGGCCACCUCGGCUUGCAGGCGCCGUGCGUUGGCGUCCUGCUGGCUUCUCUCCAGCACCUCUCGCUGCAGCUUCUGUUGGAUGGCUCUCUCUCCUCGCACCAGAUCUUCGUGUUGCAGCCUCAGCCAAGCCUGCCGGUCCCUGUCUGUCUUGGCACGGAGCUUUUGCUUCAGCUUCCUGAGUGCGUCGUUGGUGGACUCGCCGCUCGAUGGGUGGGAGGACUCGACCUCGCUGGAACAUCGGGUGGUCCUGGGGGAGGCCUCGGACUCGCUUGGGCACGUGGUGGAGAUCUCGUCGUCAUCACGCCGGUUGAUGGCGUCAUUGUCGGCGUCGAUGAGGACUUUCGACAAGACUUCGCGACCGUCGCUCAUGACCAAGGAAGAGGGAAGGGAAGGAAAGGAGCGAAGAGAGC